AUGCAACGGAAACAUCUGUAUUUGGUGCAGUGUCGUUGCCAACAGAAUCUGUUUGAAGAGAUGACCGAACCUUUUGUACGAGGCCCUUGCUAUCCUCCUCGUUCUCGAUCUUUGGGUCGUACUAGUGCAUUAGCCGUAACAUCAACAACAUCAUCAUCGUCGUCGUCAUCAUCCACAGCAUCAUCCUCCUCUAAUCAGCAUCCUCAGCAUCAUCGUUUGCGCUGGCAUCCUCAACAUCAAGAUUUUUUGAUAUCUGCGCGCCCGUUGAGUCAGUCAUAGAUUUGAAUUAGUGCUUACCGUCAACGAUUUCGACGGUUCGGCGUUGCUCAAAUAAGAUUAAAGCUUUUUUUGAUUUGUUAGUAUUCUCCAUAUCGCUCGUACUUUCUUGAAGUUUCUAACAUACGUUUCAUGUUAUCCUCUUUGUUUCUUUAGACGAGGAGUGCUCUUGUAGUGUUCCUAUUUCCUGCUUAUGAAUUUAUGAGUUCUGCUCGAACAUAAUUUUUCCAUACACAACAUGAACAUAGGCCUUUGCCCUUUGCUUAGCCUCCAGUCAUUUCUACUGUCUUGGGCUUAUUUAUUACCUUUAAACGCUGUAUCUCUCAGAUCGGUUUCUGUGAGUCUGAAUGUUGAAGUUCUUCUUUGUCGUGGUAUUACUUGAACUCUUUUAAGAAUGCUGAAUUCUUCAUAGGGUAUAAUGUGGGGAUUGUAGCUGUUGUUUUGUCUCGAUACAGCUUUCUUUGUAAAUAAGUUCAUGAGAUGAAGAACCCUUAAGUCUGCUUGGACCUAUGGAGUCUAUGACUUUUCCCUGUUGUGCAUCUUCCAGGGCUUAACUAUUACUGUUUUUCUGUUCAAAUGUGAUGGUAUUACUUUUGUUUUUGUCGAGUUUUUAUGACAUCUUGCUUCUUGAAUACAUCAGAAAAUGAGGAGCAAUCCUAGUGCGCUAGCUUCCUAUAUUUCUUUUGAUUUUCAUCACUGUUUUGCAUCAGUGUUCUUUCUAUUAGGUAUUUGUCGUUG